CUCUUCCAGCGCCCGUUUUCUUUUCCUUUCAAAUAGUAUUCAAAAUAAGAAAAAAAUAUGGCUUCCGGUCGUGUAUUCAAGCUUAACACAGGCGCCACUAUCCCAUGUGUCGGUUUGGGAACGUGGCAAAGCAAGCCCAACGAGGUCUACGAAGCUGUCUUGACAGCUAUCAAGACUGGAUACCGCCAUAUUGACACCGCUUUCGUCUAUCAAAACGAAAAGGAAGUCGGUCAAGCCAUCAAGGACAGUGGCGUUCCUCGCGAACAGCUCUUUGUCACUACCAAGCUGUGGAACACGUCGCAUCGGCCUGAUCUCGUCGCCAAGGCCUUGGAAACCUCGCUUGCUAACCUGCAGAUGGAUUACCUUGACUUGUAUCUGAUGCACUGGCCUGUAUCGUUCGCCGAGUCAAAGGAUAUAGUCCCCAAGGAUGAAAGUGGUAACAUCCUGUUCGAUGAUACUGACUUUACGGAGACCUACGCUGUAAUGGAAAAAUUAGAUGGCAAGAAGGUCCGCGCUAUCGGCGUCAGUAACUUUAGUGUUCGUAACCUUAAAAAGUUGCUCAAUACCGCAAAGGUCGUCCCUGCUGUGAAUCAGGUCGAAUUGCAUCCUUUCUUGGCACAAAAGGCCUUGGUCGAUUUCUGUGCUGAGCGGGGUAUCCACAUGACCGCUUAUUCGCCACUUGGCAGCACCGAUUCGCCUUUGAUGAAGGAUAGCACAGUGGCUGAAAUCGCUAAAAAGUACGACGCCACUCCCGCCCGAAUUUUGCUGUCAUGGGGUGUUCAGCGAGGUACUUCAGUCAUUCCCAAGUCUGUUACCGCUUCGCGUAUCGUCGAGAACUUCAAGGAUGUCGUGCUGGAACAGGCUGACUUUGAUAAGCUGAACUCCUUGGUGACUGAAUCCAAGCGUUUGAUCAUCCCUACUAGCUGGGAUCGUGAGGAAUUUAUCUUUGGCGAAGAUCAAUAAGAAGCGUACUACGUCUUGGUCAUCGCUUGACACUCUUCCUCUUAAUUAGAUAAUAACUGAUAGAAUAAGCAGCUGUUUUUAUAUCACUACAAAUUAUAUUCAGUGUAUGUACUUUUGGUGGAAGAGCACGAUAUGUAAAUCGUCUAAUAUCGAGUAUCUUGACA